AUGCCGUACAGUCUCAAGGGGCGCAAUGUGCUGAUUACAGGCGGCUCGCGCGGCCUGGGAGCCAUGGUCGCUGAGAAGUUUGCUGCUGAAGGCUCAAAUGUUGCUAUCAACUAUUGUACAAGCGAGGAGCGCGCAAAGGAGCUUGCCACGAAGAUCGAGGCAGAGCAUAAAGUUAAAGCUGUUGUCCUUCAAGGGGAUGUGGCCCUCCGCGCGGAUUGUGAAAAUCUGGUCAAAAAGACGAUUGAGCUUCUCGGAGGCAUCGACGUUAUCAUCUCGAAUGCUGGAUGGACCAAAAUUUCCCGAUUCGGGGACCUCAAUGCAUUGACGGAUGACGAGUGGGACCAGUGCUGGUCCACCAAUGUCAAAGCGAAUCUGCACCUCUUCCGAGAGGCAGAGCCAACUUUUACCGCCAACCCUGACGGAGGAGCGUUUAUUAUCACAUCUUCCGUUGCUGGAGCUACUCCUGGUGGCAGCAGCAUGGCAUACUCCGUUAGUAAAGCCGCAGGUCUGCAUAUGAUGAAGGGUCUUGCUUCUUCCCAGAGUCCAAAAAUCCGUACAAAUGCUGUACUUCCCGGGUUACUCCUCACAGAAUGGGGACAAAGAUUCACCACUGAAGUAAAGGAGGGGUAUAGAGAGAAGACGGCCUUAAAGUCGGUGCCCGACGUCGAGGAUUGUGCGGACGUGUUCAUCACCAUUGCCAAGAAUACCUCCAUGACAGGACAAGAAAUCCAAGUUGUCAGCCAAAAUUGGUUUCCAACCGGUAUGACGGAUGGAAUGGGAGGAGAUUCUAAUAUCAUGAAAGUGAGGAACGACGGAGGCUUGUGCAAGUUCAAAACUGGAGUUGCCAUCAUUGAAGAGGACCGUGGAAUGGACUGUAUAUUGAGCUUCUUGCAGCCGUCGAGUCAACCAGUUUAG